AUGGCAGAAAGAGACACAACUAUGGGGCCACCUGGGUCUCCGUCCAAGCUGGCCUCCCAGCACGCUCUCUUCAUGACCAAUCUGGACCAAUCGCCGGCUCGCAACAACAGUGCUGUAUUUGAAAGAAGCACGUCGCCGUCACGUUUGAAUGGUGGUGCUAGUGGGAUGGUGAUUGAUUCGUUGGGGGAGCAAGUGGAGACUUUGUCAAAGACUAAUAUGCAGCUAUCUUUGCAGUCUAAAAACUUGCUCACCAAGUUGGAGGAUGCUAAUGAGAGGGAGAUCACGAUGAUAGAUGCGGUGACCAAGCUGAAAGAGUUGAAUGCAAAGGGGGAUAUUGAGUUGGCGGAGAAGAGUGAGACGUUGAAGAUGGAGGAGGGUAGACUGCGUGAUUUGAAGUUGAAAUUACAGAUGGAAGUGGAGAGGAAGGGUAAAUUGAAUAGUAGUAUGAGAAAUGUGGAUAUGGAGGAAUUGAAAUUGGAUCAGAAUUUGGCAAUGCAGCGUGCUCAGUGUGACGCUCUGAGGCAAUCGCAGAUUCUGUAUAAGGAGCAUUACUCCCGUGAGAUUUUGCAAUUGAAGGAAAUUGUAGAGGAAUUAUCGAUGGAACAAGAGAGUGAUCUAUCGCUGGAGGGAAUAGAUGAGGAAUUGGUCGAUACAAUGGAGACACGUUUUGCUAAGCUGUUACAAUUGACAAGUGAGUAUAAUGAGUCAUUGAAGGAAGGUUCGGAGGGAAUGAUCUCAGAACUGAAUUUGGAAUCAUGGGUUAAAUUAUACGAUGAAUGCAAGAAACGAUUAGCGGGUUACAAAGUCAGGAUACAAGAAUAUGAAGCUAAUAACAAGAAUAAGAAUAAGAAUAAGAGUAAGGACAAUAUUGAAACGGAGAAGGACCUUGUUCGAAGUGAGACAUUGCAAAGACUGGAAGCUGGAAAGUUGGUGGAUAAUAUUCAGGCUAAGAUGACCAAAUUGAGGAAGCCCUCCACACAUAACAACGGCAGUAACAGCAAUUCCACAGACAAGAGGAGGAGCUUCUACGGUAUAUCGGGGAUCCUUCCCAAGGAUGCCUCUGUAUCGCCCAAACUUACCUCCAGUGCGACGAUGCUGCCUGGUGUGAAAAGAACCUCAUCGACGAGGAAGCCCAGUGCCCAUGUCAACCAGCACCCAUACUCGCAUAUCACCGGGGUGAACCACCAGUCGCGGACCAGGGAGUAG